AUGAGUUCAACCUCAACUAGUGAGCAGAAUGAGGGGCAGCAUGCCCGACGUGAUAGAAAGCUUCACAUCGUGAUAGUGGGAGGAUCACUAGGAGGCCUCGCAGCAGGCCUAGCAUUAAAAGCGCUCGGACACGACACCACAAUCCUCGAGCGCAACCCAAAGCCGCUCCUCCAGGACCAAGGGGCAGGAAUCGUCGCGGGAGGUGAUACCCUAGACUUCUUCGCUCGCUAUAAUCGCUGCGACAGACCCGUAGCGAUACCUUCGCAUGGACGGCAGUACCUCGACCGCGAAGGCAACAUCGUGCACAGGGAGGAGGAUGAGCAGAGCACGACAUCCUGGGAUUUAGCGUACUACCUCAUGCGCGCCAACUACGACGGGUUAAAGAGCGCAUACUGCGACGUCCCCAGUCCAGUCGCCGGACACGGGAAAGCCGUGCACAUGCACGACCGGAACGUCACAAAUAUCGAAGAAGAGACCAGCGAUAACGAGGCAGGAGGGAUCCGAGUAUUCUGGCGAAGCAGCCGCGACGAACGCGGCUCGCUGCACGCAGACAUCGUCGUGGGCGCCGACGGACCGAGCUCCACGAUCCGCAACAUCGUGCAGCCGCACACGGAGCGGAAAUACGCAGGAUACUGCGCGCUACGCGGGACGCUCGUCGAAGGCGCCGCGAGCGAAGAAACGCGCGCCAUCCUGCGCGAACGGCUCACUUUCUUCCACUGCCCGGGCGCGCAAGUCCUAACGUAUCUCAUCCCCGGGGCGAACGGCGCCGUCGAGUCCGGCAAGCGAUACAUCAAUUUCGUGUACUACGCGAACUUCCCCGCGGGGUCGCCGGAGCUAGAGGAGAUCAUGACGGACCGCGAGGGGCGCCGGCGCGCGAUCACGAUGCCGCCGGGCAUGAUCAGCCCUUCGGCAUGGGCGAAGCAGCGCGCUGUCGCGCGGGCGCGGCUGCCGCCGCAGUUCGCGGAGGUCGUGUGCGGGGCCGCGAAGCCGUUCGUGCAGGCCAUCACGGACGUGCUCAGCCCGGAGCACGAGUACUGGGGCGGGAAGGUUGUGUUGCUCGGGGACGCGCUGGCGGGGUUCAGACCGCAUACGGUGGCGUCGACGUCGCAGGCCGCGUUCGACGCGAUGAUCUUCGCUGACUAUCUGGCUGGCAGGGUGAGCAGGGAGGAGUGGAAGAGGGAGACGCUUGGGUUCGCGCGGUGGAUACAUAGACGGGGCGUGGAUAUGGGCGAGCAUAGCCAGUUCAUGGAUUUGCCCCUUGAGGACCACAUUCAUGAUCGGAAUGUCGCUUCGAGGCCGAGGCAGGAGGAGGUGUAUCCGGAGUGGGCGACGAAGUUCUGA